AUGACCAGCAAGGACUGGAAAAAGUUCGUCCGAGUCACAAGGCCGAAACGAGUAGCGGCGGACCCACAGGACCAAGCCCCGGCCAGGAACCCGACACGGUCCAGCAGGGUCCAGACUCCAGCUAGGCGACCACCCGUCGCCGAACUAAUAGCCGCCAAACGGACACCAGCCCCGCUGGCACCAGGGGACCGGCCUCCAAGACUAAAGCAGACGCCAGGGGAAAACAGGCCGGCAACAGCCCCGGCCAGGAUACCGGCGGAAGCGGUCGCAAGGGCAGCCGCGACAGCAGACGGCGUAGACUUACCGCCACCAAGCCCCUCACCAGGACCGCCACCGGGGCCACUACCAACCAUAGCCCAACCGGGCGAGGGACAGUGCCGCCAGCAACGACCACCGGAACAACCGACCGGGGCAACAUUAAGGACCGUCUGCGAAGCAGGACCAGCCGCGGACAAUAUGUGCACCCCUGUCACCUCCCCGACGGGACGUCGUUUCGCCUGUACAGGCCCAUCCGCCGUCACCGCUUUCCGAGGGCCGGGAAGCAAUGGACGGUAUUACUGGACCGCCGAGGGAACGUUACCCGGUGCACGUACACAAAGGUAA